GGCCCGUGCGAGGGGAGGAGGCGGCCGGGCCGGAUGGAGCGAUUGGCUGGGAGCGCGGGGAGGGAGGGUCUGAACGCUCCAGCGCGGGGCCUUGGGGCGGCUCCAGCCGCCAGUGUGUUCGGAGCUGCCGCCGUCUCUGGCGCGUGGGGAGCCUGACCACGUUAUACCAACCAAGCAACCCACCCCGCCCACAGCAUGGCUCACUUACCCAGUAUCAAUGGAGAGCUUCCCAGCGCUGAACUGUGGACGUCCCAUAACAAGAUGGUCUUGGAGCCGCUUGAUACCAGCGACCCAGAGGUGUAUGACCUCAUCAAGAAAGAGAAGCGGCGUCAGAGGGUUGGGUUGGAGCUGAUUGCGUCUGAGAAUUUUGCCAGCCGAGCGGUUCUGGAGGCUCUAGGCUCCUGCAUGAACAAUAAAUACUCGGAGGGGUACCCGGGACAGAGAUACUACGGUGGGACGGAGUUUGUGGACGAGCUGGAGCUCCUCUGCCAGAAGAGAGCACUGGAAGUUUACGGGCUGGACCCACAGACAUGGGGGGUCAAUGUCCAGCCAUACUCAGGCUCCCCGGCUAACUUUGCGGUGUACACGGCCCUGGUGGAGCCCCAUGGCAGGAUCAUGGGUCUGGACUUGCCUGACGGGGGGCACCUGACGCACGGCUUCAUGACCAAUAAGAAGAAAAUCUCAGCCACCUCGAUCUUCUUUGAAUCCAUGCCCUACAAGGUCAAUCCCACCACUGGCUAUAUCGACUACGACCGGCUGGAGGAGAACGCCCUCUUAUUCCACCCAAAGCUGAUCAUUGCUGGCGUCAGCUGCUACUCGCGUAACCUGGACUACUCCCGCAUGAGGAAGAUCGCGGAUGAGAACGGGGCUUAUCUCCUGGCUGACAUGGCUCACAUCAGCGGGCUGGUGGCAGCCGGGGUGGUGCCGUCGCCAUUUGAACACUGUGACGUGGUGUCGACCACAACUCACAAGACGCUGCGAGGCUGCAGGGCCGGCAUGAUCUUCUAUCGGAAAGGAGCUCGCAGCGUGGAUCCCAAGACUGGCAAGGAAAUUCCAUACAACCUGGAAAGCCUCAUCAACCAAGCCGUCUUCCCAGGACUUCAGGGAGGGCCCCACAACCAUGCCAUCGCAGGAAUCGCUGUCACUUUGAAGCAAGCCAUGACCCCAGAAUUCAAAGCCUAUCAGCAGCAGAUAGUCGCAAACUGCAAGGCCUUGUCUGCAGCCAUGAUGGACAUGGGCUACCACGUCGUCACUGGUGGCUCGGACAACCACUUGAUCCUCGUGGACCUGCGCAACAGAGGGACAGACGGCGGGAGAGCCGAGCGGGUGCUGGAAGUCUGUGCCAUUGCCUGUAACAAGAACACCUGCCCUGGUGACAAGAGUGCCUUGCGCCCCAGCGGCCUGAGGCUUGGGACACCAGCGUUGACCUCCAGGGGAUUCCGGGAACAAGACUUUCAGAAAGUAGCUCACUUCAUCCACAAAGGGAUAGAGCUGACGCUGAGGAUUCAGAACGACAUGAGCCCCAAAGCAACGCUGAAGGAAUUCAAGGAGAGGCUGGUGAGCGAUGAGAAAUACCAAGUGGCUCUCAAGUCUCUCAAAGAGGAGGUGGAGGCCUUCGCUACUCCCUUCCCACUGCCUGGCCUGCCUGUCCUGUAAAACAAGGCAGCUGCACCCAACUCCAGCGCUAGCAGGACUCUGGAAGCAAACAGGGAUUGCGGUGCAUUCUCUUCCACUAGGAAAACAUCGGUUGCCAUCUGACAAGCCAAUGGAACUGAGAGAAAUAUGUCAAUCCCCUCUCGCCCACUUGUUAACAUCCUCUCUCCUCUUCGUGAUUUGUUCCCACAAGGCAGAUGGCUUUUAAAAAGUUAUUUUACCCUUCUCUCCCCCCGGCUAUCCCUGUAGGCUGCUGCUCCACUUAUGGGCAUGACCAAGGGGUGAGUAAGCCUCCGUUUAGGAAACGGUUCCUUUUCUAGUAACUACGAAUGGUGCAGCACUUAGCCCUUUUUUAAGGAUUGAAAUUGGCAACUGAUUUUUAAUACUCAACUGCAUUUUUAACUAGGACAAACAGGGUAACUCAAGUCCAAUUACAGACAGAAUUGCUCAGAUUCCAAAUGACUGAUUAAGGGACUGCAUGAACUGGCAUUGCCCUCAGCCGGGAUUUAUGCGUAUUUUAAAGAGAUUCUCAAAUUGUGCUUGUGUUUAUCAUCAGAUUUCCCUCGGAAGCCACUUAACACGCAGUCCCAUUUUGUAUGUAAAGGGUGCAGUAGGAAAGUAUCACACUUCACUACCUCCAAACAUGUCUUGCUAGUUUCAGAAUAG